AUGCCGGAGUCCAGAGACAGACUGUCGAGGCCCGUUGAAAUUGCCCAAGUCUUCGCUAGAAGGCGCUCUGGGGCUCUGGGGAUUUUGGUAGACGAGCAAGAAACAAAUAUAAACUUGUUCGGAUCUCCAGUUCAUCGAGCAGGAGCACAAACAGCACUUGGAUCAACGCCGGCGCGUAGAUCGAUGGUCCUGGGUGGUGGUUCAGGACGAGGUGGUGGGCUUAGAAGGGCCAGUUUCGGGACUCCACGAACCGGAAAUGGGCGUGGUCGGAAUCUGCGUGGAACUCCGGGAGGAAGGGAGAACACGCCGGCGGGAGGUGCUCGACGCGGAAGGGGACUUAGUGUGUUACCAGCUUGGUAUCCAAGAACUCCUCUUCGUGAUAUCACAGCCAUUGUGAGGGCUAUUGAAAGGAGAAGAGCUAGCUUGAGAGAGUUGGAGGGCCAGCAGGUGGAGACUCCUGUGACUCAUGAAAGGAGGAUUGUUGAUUCUCCUGUAAUGCCAUCAGAUGUUCAAGUUGAGCAGCAGGGCUCUACCCGGUCUCCAAACCCAACAGUUGCAGUCAGUAGAUGCCCGCCUUCUGUCGGUAAAGUGUUUAAGAUUCUUCUUGAUGUCACCAAUCAGACUGCAGAGGAAUCAGAGGCUCUUACACCUCAGAGGAAGCUUCUGAAGUCAAUUGACACAGUUGAGAAGCUUGUUACAGAGGAGUUGCAGAAGUUGAAGAGGACCCCAACUGCCAAGAAAGCAGAAAGAGAGAAAAAGGUACGCACAUUAAUGUCAAUGCGCUGAUCGACUAGUGUCAUGCACCAAUCUGAAAAGGUAGAUCCAGAGAUUUCAGAAGGCUGCACAGCUAUAAUAUCAUUUUCUGAUGAUAGAAUGUUGGACAUCUGAUCAUCUUCUGAUGAUGGCAUGGUGGAAGUUUAUCAUUUUCUGAUGAUGAUAUCAUUCAACUUUUUCUCAAAGUUUCUUCAUCAAUUAUCAUCUUCUGAUGAUAUGCUAGAUGGCUUAUCAUCUUCUGGUGAUAUCACAGUGAUAUUGAUCAUCUUCUGGUGAUACUUUCUGUUGGAAGAAAAAAACUUUGCUUACCAUAUAGCUUACACUCUUUUAUUCUCAAUGCAUUUGACAUCUGAUUGAAGAAUUUAAGAUGAGUUGGAGAAUAUGUUUGCUGCCACUGAGGAAGGUUUUAGGGAGAAUAUGUAGGAAUUUAGAGUUUCUUCUUGAAAAGGUCUAUUGUAGAAAUACUGGAUAUUGUUUCCAUAAAGUGUAUAUAAAACUAUUAGUUCAGUCUCUGAUUUGUCUAGCAGGA